AUGGAGCAGGCCAUGCCCUCCCUGCCAGCCUCAUGCCUCCUGACUCAGGCGGCCAUCGCCUGUGGCAACAUCAAGAUGAAACACAUCCCUGCCCUGACCAACCCUGACCUGACCACACUCUACCUAGCAGAGAACAAAAUUGCCAAGAUCUUGGCCCACACAUUCCUGGGGCUGCCUAACCUGGAGUGGCUGGACCUGAGCAAGAACAAGCUGGAUGCCCGAGGCCUGCACCCCCCCCACUUCCAAAAUCUGACACAGUUAAAGCGGCUGAACCUGGACGGAACCUUGCUGUCCACCGUGCCGGCCCCGCCCACCCUGCAGGAACUCAAACUCAACAGCAGCCUCCUGCAGGGCCUACAGCACAGCAGCUUCCGGGUGCUAAGCCAGCUGCCGACGCUAGAGGUAGAAGGGAAUAAGCUGCAUGAUGGGAACAUCUCCCCUCUGGCCUUCCAGCCCCUAUGCAGCUUGCUGUACCUGAGGCUGGACCAGAACCGGCUGCGGACCAUCCCACCUGGCCUGCCAGCCUCCCUGCAGGAGCUGCACCUGGGUGCCAACAUCAUCGAGGGGGUGACAGAGGGCACGCUGAACUGCAGCCACAGCCUCAGGGUGCUGGUGCUCAGCAACAACCAGCUCCAGAAGGACCGGCUGGCACCCCGAGCUUGGAUCGAUCUCCCGAAGCUGGAAACCCUUGACCUGUCCCACAACGGACUGGUGCACGUACCCUCCUUCCUGCCUAGGGGCCUCCGGCGCCUGAUGCUGCACCACAACCUCAUUGAGCGUAUCCCGGGCUAUGUGUUUGCACACAUGAAGCCAGGCCUGAAGUUUCUGCACCUGUCCCACAACAACCUGCGUGCCAACGGCAUCCACAGCGUGUCCUUCUGGGGCCUGCAUACCUCUCUGGCAGAGCUGUUGCUGGAUCACAAUCAGCUACAGGCCAUCCCACGAGGCCUCCUGGGCCUCAAGGAGCUGCAGGUGCUGCGUAUGAGCCACAACAAGUCCAUUUGUGACAUUCGAGUGGCCCAGGACUCCAACCUCAUCUCCACGCACCUGGAGAACAACCUCAUCGAUAGGCGCCGCAUCCCACCCACUGCCUUUUCCUGCAUCCAGGCCUACCACAGUCCCGGGGCCCUCAUCCUGGUGCCCCCCAUCCCAGGUGCACACCCAUCCCUGUAG